GCUCUAUCUCUGGUUUUUAUCACACAACGUGAAGGCUACCACCCCAUUUGCCUCCUCCUUCCCCACUGAUCUUUCUUCUUAAUUUCCUUCCAUAUCAGUGCCUCUCUCUCUCUCUCUUUCCAUAUAUACAUAUAUAUAUAUGUAUAAACACCAUUAAGAGUGGAUAUUCACAUUCAACUCUCAUUGAGAGCAGAAGCAUCGUCAACCAUGGCGAGGUUUGCUUCUUCCUGCUUCUUCAUAGCCGCCGUGCUGGUUGCAGCGGCGGGAUUCGACGCAGCCAUCGCAGGCGGCUUCGAUUACGGUGCCGCUCUCGACAAGAGCUUGCUCUUCUUCGAGGCGCAGAGGUCCGGUAAGUUGCCGGAGAAUCAAAGAGUCAAGUGGCGCGGCCAUUCCGGCCUCCGGGAUGGUUUCCUUCAAGGCGUAGACUUGGUGGGAGGGUACUAUGAUGCAGGAGACCAUGUGAAGUUUGGGCUGCCAAUGGCAUACAGUGUGACAGUGCUUUCAUGGGGAGCCAUUGAGUUCAGGAAAGAGAUUGUUGGGCUCAACCAGAUGGGGCAAACUCUGGAAGCCAUCAAAUGGGGCACUGAUUACUUCAUCAAAGCACACCCCCAGCUCAAUCUUCUCUGGGGACAGGUAGGCGAUGGAGAAUCCGAUCACUAUUGCUGGGAGCGCGCCGAGGACAUGACGACUCCAAGGACAGCCUACAAGCUGGAUCCAAGUAAUCCGGGCUCUGAUCUUGCUGGCGAAACAGCAGCAGCGUUGGCCGCGGCUUCUUUAGCAUUCCAUCCUUACAACUCAUCCUACUCCAAUCUCCUCUUAGUCCAUGCAAAACAGCUUUUCUCAUUUGCCGAUACAUUUAGGGGUUUCUAUGAUGGAUCCAUCAGCUGUGCUAAGCAAUUCUAUACAUCCUCAGGCUAUUCGGAUGAACUGCUAUGGGCUGCUGCUUGGCUCUUCCGAGCAACAAAUGAUGAGUACUACUUGAAAUAUGUUGCUGAUAAUGCUGCCUCCAUGGGUGGAACUGGAUGGGCUGUUAGAGAAUUCUCCUGGGACAACAAGUAUGCUGGUGUACAAAUUCUUCUCUCCAAGGUAUUAAUGGAGGGAUCUGGUGGAGCACACACUGCCAUCCUCAAGCAAUUCCAGGCCAAAGCUGAUUUCUUUGCUUGUGCUUGUCUGCAAAAGAAUGAUGGCUAUGACGUCGGCCGGACUCCUGGCGGCUUAGUAUACGUGCGCGAAUGGAACAACAUGCAGUACGCGGCCUCUGCUGCAUUUCUUGCAGCUGUCUACUCCGAUUACCUCUCUCGGGCUCAUGCUGAGCUCAACUGUCCAGAUGCCAAAGUCCAACCUCAGGAACUCCUCAACUUUGCCAAGUCUCAGGCUGAUUACAUGCUGGGUAAGAAUCCAAAGUCCAUGAGCUACAUAGUUGGAUAUGGCCAAAUGUACCCUGCUCAUGUUCACCACAGGGGUGCUUCCAUUGCCUCAAUCACUGCUCUGCAUUCAUCCGUUGGAUGUGUGGAAGGGUUUGAGACAUGGUAUCAUCGCGCCCAGGCCAACCCUAAUGUCAUUCAGGGAGCCCUGGUGGGAGGCCCUGGCAAGACUGAUGAGUUCUCUGAUGAUCGCGCUAACUAUGAGCAGACAGAGCCAACACUUUCCGGCACUGCCCCUCUUGUUGGCCUCUUCUCCAAGCUGCAGAGUGUUGCAGGAACUCCAGCUUCACAAAAUCACUAUUCACCAAAACCACCCCACCAAACAACACCAAGCUAUUACCCCAAAGCCAGACCAGCACCCACUCCAAAUAAAUCAGGGGCCCCAGUUGAGUUCUUCCACUCAAUCGGCAGCUCAUGGACUGUAGGAAGAACAACCUAUUACAGGCACAAGGUGGUGAUCAAGAACGUGUCCCAAAAGCCAAUCACGGACCUUAAGUUAGGCAUUGAAAACCUCUCUGGAUCUCUGUGGGGACUCUCCCCAACACAAGAGAAAAACAUCUAUGAGCUUCCUCAAUGGCUCAAGGUCUUGAAACCUGGCUCUGAGUGCAUUUUUAUUUAUAUUCAAGGGGGCCCUCAAGCCAAGGUCUCUGUUCAAAGUUACCAUUGAUGAUGGAUGGACUCUGCUUCGAUAUUUUUGUUGUGUUUUCUGAUUGGUUCUCCUCUUUGUUUUGCCUAGCUGAUUGGAAGGUGGUUCUGCUGAUGAUUAUACUUUUUUUUCAAAAUUUUUGUAAACAGUCCAUUCUCAAACCACU